GGGGGUUUCAUCGUUUGACUCAUUAAUUUCAUGAUAUCAAUGUGUGACACAACUGAGAUAUUUCAAUUAUGUUUUAAGUGAAUGUUAAAGAAAUGCUGUCUUCUUUCUUCAUGAUAAUUGUGCUUGUCUAAAACUUCAAACUAUGGAAUACAACCAAACACCUGACUUUAACUCUUACAAUUACCUCACGAAUAGAGAUGGGCAUCUCGCAGAGGAACAGGGAACCACGGACAAACCACUGGACUAUCCAGAUUACUGCCAAACUAUUAAGGUUCAAGAUGCUCAUGGCGGUAUAAAGGAACUCGUCUUCCCUAAAGCCCUUGAUCUAGAUCGUCCUAAACGUGCCAGAACGACUUUCUCCUCAGAACAACUGUUUCAGCUGGAGAAAGAAUUUCAGAGGAACCAGUACCUAGUCGGAAAGGAAAGAACACAACUAGCGAAACAGCUUAAGCUGUCAGAAACUCAGGUAAAAGUUUGGUUUCAAAACAGACGGACUAAGUACAAACGGGAUAGAUCACGUGACAGUGAAACGGCAGAUUCAAAAUCAGAGAGCAUGGCAGCCUGUAAUAUUUUGAGACUUUUACAAAAUCAAGUUCCCGGACCAAAUUGUACUAGUUACCUUCCGCCAUAUCCUUACGCAUUCUCUGGAUACAGUGCUUCUUAGUGAUAUUGAGGAAUAACAACAUUCAGGAUGGCUAGUGUUUUAUUAUGUCAAAGCCGUUCAACUUUUACAAUGGCAUAAAAUAAAAAUCAUAUAAAGUCAUAGCUGCUAUUUGCAGUUCAUUAUCUUAAAGUGAAUUUGAGUUUCGGUGUGUUUUUGGUGAGUUCUGUUUUCCAUUUUCUGUAUGAAUUUAAUUUUGACAGCAUAAUUGACACGAAGGUCCUAAACAUAUAUGUACAUGUGUACUGUCAAAUUUCUACAAUGAAAAGAGAUGAGUUUGUAUGCUGUAGUGCUGUCCUCUUUUACUGGGAUGUAUUAUGUUUACAUACAUGUUUUACUCAGUUCGUGUUUGUUGUAAACACAUAAUUCAAUUUAAAAAAAUUGCGAUUGAU